ACCAAAAGAAAUCAGGAAAAAACCAGAAAAAAAGAAAGAAAAAACCGAGAGAAAAUCGGAGAAAGGCGCCGCACGUGGCGCUCCUGCGCCGUUCUACCGCGGUCUCCCUCUCUGCGCGCGCCAUGUGGCUGCGCUACGCUUGAGGAGAGGCGUGCGACUAGCCACUUUUUAGCGGUUUCGCCAAUUCGAUCUAUCCCGAUACGCAAUUCGAAUGCAUAAACAAGACAUGUUGCUCCUAAUUUCCUAUACCAUACCUCGAGUUUAUAUAGGUUUUGCAAUAUAUGGAGGAAGAAUCGGAGUGACAAUACAGUGUGAACAGUGAACUACUUGCCUCUAAUUUUCUGAACUGGCGUACCCCUAAAUCGGCAGCUAUUCAUGUCCAAGAAGCGGACUUUGCCAUGAUCGAAGCUUUGACAUGUAGACUGACUUCUCAUUUUGAAUCUUUGAUUUACCGCCUUACAGGAACUUUACUUGGACGCAACUACGCUUCCAGCUGAUCGACACAAUACUACCGCCACCGCCACCGUCGGAUAUGUAAUCGAGCGGCUGAGACCCAGUAGGCAAGACCCGGUUUUGUGAGUUCGCUUAGCUUGCAGUCGAGUAAAAUGCCGUUUACUGUGCAUUACUCCAACCAGUAUUCUGAUACUUGACACACACCAAACGAGGUCAAAACUAAACAUUCUUUGAUAUAUAUGCAGGACGUGAAUUGAAGCAAGGGGCAUGCAGUUGUAUCCAUUCUAGCAGACACGGUCCAGCUGCAUGCUGUGAUGAGUCCUUCGAUCAGGAUGGCGCCGGCGCCAUCGUCGUCGCUGGCAACUGCCGGUCACGGCAAGACCAAGAGCGGGCGCUCGUCCUCAUCGGCCGUGCGGCCGGCGCUGCUGGCGAUCGCCGUGAGCGUGAUGGUUGUGCUUCUCAUGGCCGUCCUCUUCGGCGCACGGUGGACGCCCUCCGGCGGCCAUGGCGGCGGCGCAGACACCAGCUGGGUCUCGGCCGGAGCUCGCGUCGUCUUAAACGCCGUGUCCAGCCAACAAGGCGCCGAUCCCGUCGUGAAGGUGGCGCAGCCGCACGACCGGCUACUAGGCGGCCUCCUCUCGCCGGACUUCAACGACACCUCCUGCCUCAGCCGCUACCGCGCCUCGCUCUACCGCCGGCGAUCCCUCCACGUCCUCUCGUCGCACCUCGUCUCCGCCCUCCGCCGCUACGAGUCCCUCCACCGCCUCUGCGGCCCCGGCACGUCCGCCUACGAGCGCGCCGUCGCCCGCCUGCGGUCGCCGUCGUCGUCGAACACUACCUCCGACGCUCCCUCCGAGUGCAGGUACCUCGUGUGGACGCCUCACGCGGGGCUCGGCAACCGCAUGCUCUCGAUCACGUCCGCCUUCCUCUACGCGCUCCUCACCGGCCGCGUCCUCCUCUUCCACCGCUCCGGCGACGAUAUGAAGGACCUCUUCUGCGAGCCGUUCCCCGGCGCGACGUGGGUCCUCCCGGAGAAGGACUUCCCCAUCCGCGGCAUGGAGCGCUUCGGCAUACGCACCCGCGAGAGCCUCGGCAACGCGCUGGGCCGAGGCGAGGGCGGCCGUGACCCGCCGCCGCCGUGGAUGUACGUGCACCUGCGGCACGACUACACGCGCCCGGGCGCCAGCGACCGGCUCUUCUUCUGCGACGACGGGCAGGACGCGCUGCGGCGCGUCGGCUGGGUGGUGCUCCUCUCCGACAACUACUUCGUCCCGGGCCUCUUCCUGAUCCCGCGGUACGAGCGCGAGCUGUCGCGGAUGUUCCCGCGCCGCGACGCCGUGUUCCACCACCUCGGCCGCUACCUGUUCCACCCGAGCAACACGGUGUGGGGGAUGGUGAUGCGGUACCACGGCUCGUACCUGGCCAAGGCGGAGGAGCGCGUCGGCGUCCAGGUGCGCACCUUCUCCUGGGCGCCCAUCUCCACCGACGAGCUCUACGGCCAGAUCGUCUCGUGCGCGCAAGGCGAGAACAUCCUGCCCCGCGUGCGCGAGUCCAGCUCCGGCUCCGACAACGCCACCGCCAUCCCUGGCUCCGGGCGGCAGCAGCAGCAGCGGCCGGCGAGGCGCAAGGCGGUGCUCGUGGUGUCGCUGCACGGCGAGUACUACGAGAGGAUCAGGGACAUGUACUACGAGCACGGCGCGGCGGGCGGGGACGCGGUGAGCGUAUUCCAGCCGACGCACCUGGGCGGGCAGCGGUCGGAGGAGCGGAUGCACAACCAGAAGGCGCUCGCCGAGAUGAUGCUGCUCAGCUUCUCCGACGUGGCGCUCACGUCGGCCGCCUCGACGUUCGGGUACGUCAGCCACGGGCUGGCCGGGCUGAGGCCGUGGGUGCUCAUGGUCCCCGUCCGCAAGAAGGCGCCCAACCCGCCGUGCCGGCUAGCCGCCACCGUCGAGCCGUGCUUCCACACACCGCCGCACUACGACUGCCAGGCGAGGACCAAAGGUGACAACGGCAAGACGGUCCGGCACGUCCGGCACUGCGAGGACCUCAAGGAUGGUGUUCAAUUGGUGGACUGAGUUGCAUUCCAUUGUCCCUCCGCCUGUCCAUCUGCACUGUUCUUCACUUGUUUGUUGUUAAAGCAUUAAGAAAACAUUUACUGAAUUGUAAUCAAGUUUGUAUGAUAUGAUAUUUCUCAAGAUAAGAAACUUUGCACAUUAGCAAGACAAAACUAUAGUAAUUGAGAGAACAAUGUUACCAAGUGAAAAGGAAAACAUGGCAACUAUCGUAUGAAAAAGAGUAUGGAAACUUUAUGGAAAUGUAAUAAUGAAGCAAUUGAAUUAUUUUGAUCAAUGACCAAUGACAGCGAGAAUCUAUUAUAUCUUUAAAGUAAUAGAAAAAGGAGCCUCCACGUUUGCUUUCACGGGCUAGAAAUUCUCACAUUAAUCCAAAAAAAUAAAAAUAGAAAAAUAGAACUAGAUUAGGAUUAGGAUUAGUUAAAAACUGAAGAAAGGAAAAAAAAAGUGAACCGGACAAUCAGUCAAAACGAAAAUAAGAUUAAUCCAAAAAAAUAAGGAAAAAGAAAAAUAGAACUAGAUUUAGGAUUAGAAUUAGUUAAAAACUGAAAGGAAAAAACAAAAAAGUUAAUCGGGCAAUAAGUCAAAAUGAAAAUAAGGAAAACCGAGUCAUACAAUACAUUGGAAACUGACAAUGUUCCAGGAAUCCGCGUGCACACACCACUUUUAAAAAAAUUGAAAGACAAACCAAUCCUAGCUAUCAGCUAGCAAGCAUAUUAAGCUAUAGGCUACGUUGCUCCUUCCACGCGGAAGCUAUAGGCAAGCCAAAAUUUUGAUGACUUAAGCAACGGCUAUAGUUUUUAAACAAUUGAAAUUAGAAAUAUUAAAAUAAUAGUAGAUAUAAGAACACAAUACGAGAUUAUUUAAAAUUCAAAAUAAAAAAUAAAAUAAAAUCUGAAAUUAGAAAAAAAAUAAGGGUUCAUCUAGGAAUACAAUUUAUAAAUAAUAAAGACUAUCGAACAAAGAGACCAUCUAGAACACAUGAUGAUAUUAAUUAAAAUUUGGAAUGUCAAAUAAAAUGAUCCCGAAAAUAUAAAAUAAUUAUAAGGGUUCAAGUAUGAAUAUGACUUAUAAAUAAAAAAUAUUGGAAUGAAAAAUACGGAAUUUUCAAACAAAAAAAUCAUCUAGAACACAGAUGACAAAUGACAAUAAAGAUGGGAGAAACAACCGAUGUAUAAAGAAGUACAGUGGUGAUGGUUGAUGGGACAUCGAAAAACUAUUAACAAAACAUUUAAAAAAAUCUCAAUGACGAUUAAAAGAAGGGACAACGGACAUGCCGUUAGGCAACACGGUCAUGACGGUUGGCGGGACUUCUAUAAAAUAAAAAUAAAUCCCAGUAAUAAGCAUAUUCGAUUUUAAAAUCUCAAUGACGAUAAAGAAAAGAGGCAACGGGCGAGCCAUAAAGGAGUAUAAUGCCAAAUCCAUUGAUGGUUUGACGGGACUUCUAGAAAGUAAAAAAACAAAACCUAAACGAUAAUUAUGUUUGAUUUUUAAAAUCUCAAUGAUAACAAAAAGAGAUAAUGGACGAGCUGUAGAGGAGUAUAGUGACAGUGUUUGACGAGCCUUCUGAAAAUUACAAAAAUAAAACCCAACGAGACAAUAAACUCUAAAAACUACGAGGUCCAAUUUUUAAAGGUUCGGGACUUCUAAAAAGUAAAAAAAAACAAUGAUAAUCAUGUUUGAUUUUAAAAUCUCAAUGACAGGAAAGAGGGGAGGCAGCGGACGAGACUUAUAAUAGUACAGUGGCUAAGCCACUAACGGUUUGGUAGGAUUUAAAGUAAACGAAAUGAAUCCAAAUGAUAAUUAUGUUUGAUUUUUAAAAUCCCAAUGACAAUAAAGAGAGGAGACAGAGAAUAGGCCGUAGAGAAGCAUAGUGGCAGCAUUUGAUGGGACUUCUAAAAAUUAUAAAAAUGAAACCAACGAGAUAAUAAACACUAAAAACUAUAAUAUUCAAUUUUUAAAGGUUACAAGGAGAAUGAACAGAAACGGCAAUAGAUCGAGU